GACUGAAAGUAACAUGGCGGACACUUUCACACAGCGCUGGGCUCAUACAGAUGUCCAAUCGGCUCUCUCCGUUCCUGACAGCUGGCCAAUCACAGCGCCCACAUUCAGGCCGAAAACUAUUCAACAUGGAGACAACAGUUGAAAAGCUUGAGGCGAUGUUCCUGAAGGCAGAGGCAGACCUGGAUUACAUUGAGAAGCGGAUGAAGCUGGACUUCAUCACCAACGCUGCAGAAAACGGAUGUCCAGCUGAGAAGAACCCGGCGAUGAUGCUGGAGAACCUGAAGACUAUCAAGUCCAAACACUCAGCGCUGUGCUCUCAGGUGAAGGAACUCACUAAUGCCCAGAAAGACACUAUGGACUCCAUCAGAAACAACCUCAGCAGCGUUAUGGAGCUGAUUCAGCACUUUGAACAGACCACUGAUGUGGAGGUUGAGACACUGACGCAGUCAGAGCAAGAGUCUGCAGCACUGCUAAGUGCUCCUGUCAGUCACACCACAGCUGAGGUGCCUUCCGCUGUAGCAGCCUCGGACCAAGAGCAGCCACAGAGUGGUGAGUGUGAGAAGCUGACUGCAGCCAUGCUGGAGACCGUUCCACACAGCAUACGCUCCAACAUCAAGCUGGCUGACCUCAAUACCUUCUACGAGCAGCUGCAGCAGCAUCUCGGCAAAAGUAACAGGGGAUCACUCAGCGUGCAGAAGAUGCAGCAGCUGAAGAUGAAUGUGAGUGAUGCUAAACUGAAGAUCCUCCAACACCUCUCUGUAGUCGAGCUGGACAGGAAAGGCCACGUUCGCCUUGUGGUGUAAGGACAAUGAUGGGAUGCUUGCUGUCACAGUAUGUGCUUAAUUUUUUAGCAGAAACUCUGAGGACAUGGUGGACACAUCCAGGCCACUAGAUAUACUUUUGAUCCAGAUGUAGAUGAUUAUUGUUCCAGUUAUCCAGAGAUGGAGCAAAGUGCAGCACUGUGUCCAAUUCCAGGUAACAGAUCUGUUUUAGCUGUGCACACGUCCCCUCCCUGCUUUCUCAAAGUGCUACUCAUUGGUUCUUGCUGCAGCUUCACUGUGCACAGUGUGGCUUUCAUUUUAUAUUUAUGGUCUGUCUGAAUUGUGUGUAAAUGGUUCACCAAACCCUACUGCCCACACGUGAAUAUUGAAGCGUUCCAUUUUGCAGUUUUUGUGUUUUACAUCAAAUGGUGUCUUACAGAUGACUCAUGUAGUGAGUUAGUCAGAAUGAUUCAGUUAGGAUGCUCAAUGUCUGCCUGUUCAACACAUUUGUAAAGUUGUUCAAAUAUAUUUCUUAAUUUCAGUACAAGAACUCUUUCCCUGACUGAAAUACUACAACCAGAAAGAAGCUUAUUGAGGAAAAUGUAUCAUUGUCAUGGUGGCACAAUGCACCGCUGUAACUAAUUUGAAUGAGUAACUGGCUGACACAGCUUCUAACUGUGUGAUUGUGAGGUGAGGAUCAGAAAAGGCUGCUGAGGGAAUGGAAGUGUUUGAUUUAAAAGCAGCAUGCUGGAACCAAAGGGCUGGUUGGUGUUUGGUUGGUGGUAAUGUGCCGAGUACAGCUGUACAAGGAAAAAUGUACAAAUACAAAUGAAUAAAUUCAUCUGGCUCUAA